AUGGACACUAUUCUGCAACUUUACUCCAAAGACACCACAGGGGCUGCCUUAAGACAAUUCUUUGAAGAAAACGACUCGAAUCUCGAAUCUCAGGAUCAAAUAUCAGAUCUGAUUGUGGAAAGCCUGACUCAAGAAUGGUCUUUCGGCGGAUAUCAACAAGAUUCUGACCGGCUUCUUCUUGUCCGAGCAAUAUUGCGAGCAUCACCCGAGGAUGAGGAGGGAUCGAAGAGGAGGUCUCAGGUGUUGAAAGGGGCGAUUUCAUGGCUGGUCAAGAUCGGAGAGAAUACGACGGCACAAUCAAGAGGAAGCGGACCAAAUUAUGCUCAAGUGGACGAACUCGCUGGAAAGCUCACCAACAUGAUUAUCGACGUUGGACAAUCUUUUGACCAGAGCGCGCUCGUCCAAUCCAUAUACACCAUGACGGAGGUCGUGCGGCAUCAAAAACACCCCCAUGCCCAGAUGUUUGCUCUCUUGUCGAGACUCCUUGUGAUUUCCGCCAGUGUUGACUCAGUCCUUUUAUCAGAUACUUCGGAGGAGAUCUCAGGAGCUGAGUUUCGAGACAUUACUCUGGAUAGAAUCUGUACCGCACCCUGGAACCAGAAAAGCGUGUUGCCACUCGCGAUAGCCAUGGCGGAUAUUGAGAUGGAAAGCAAACAACUUGAGAUGGUGAUUGUCAAGAUUAUGAAACAAUUCAAGCACGUCGAUGCCACUGAUCUCCCAGUCUUGAUUUACAAUCUACUACUCUUGUCGUCCAAGGGUCACCAACGACUGGUUAUUAGAGGCACACUGGAAUUCUUUGAUCGACUGAAUGCGGGCGGGGCAAUGGUUGAAAGUCUUCGAUCCAACAACUCAAAAGGAGCUGCACGCCUGGCCUUUUCGGAACUAAGCGCCAUCGAGAGCACAGUGAUUCUUCAUUUCAGCUUUGCUAUCAAGCAGGAUCAGGAGCUGGGCACGGAGUUCCUUAAGCAUAUGAAAGGCGGAAAGACAGCCUACCUUUCAUCUUUCGCGCUGGCGUGCCUUAUGACCAUGGCAAAGAUACACCGCUUCCAGAACAACGUAAUGGACUAUAUCAAAUCAUCAAUUUUGUCCACAUACAGGGACAUGGAAAGGAUGCGUAGUGAACCAUGGGUUUCUGAUUUCCAAGGAAUGUCGCCACCUCCUAUCCUGGAGAUGUUCCGCAAUGUUAUUAGGAAAAUUCCCUUUGGUUUGGAGCAGCUUACGCCAAGUAUUGUGCAGUGCGGGGUGUAUAUCAUGGAUUCGAUGGCACCGAGCUCAAUAUGGAAGGCUUCAGAUAAGGACACGACGAGAAAGCACACUCCCAAGACACCGGGCGAAUUUGGCUGCGAGCUUGGGGCUACAAUCCUUGCUGAGACAUUUAAGACUCAGCCCUCCGCAAGAACAGAAAUCCUUGAUCAUAUCAUGUCUAGGAUCGUUACAAAGUCUACCAGUACUGUAUUUUUCCUUGAGCUGCUGGAAAGCAUUGUCAAGGAUAGUGCAGAGGCGCUGGAGGAGCAUCUACCAAGGAUCAAGGAGUCACUUGAAUACCUCUCAUUCCUAUCCUUAUCCACAGCGGUGCGCCUCAUGGCCGCUGUGAGGGAUGUGGCCAAGCUGAACCGACCCUUUCGCGACAGUCUGAUUUUGAUUCUGCGAAAGGCAUUGUUCUCAAAAACUUUGGAGAGUCGCCAGGUCGCGUUGUCAGGGUUCCUUCUGCUAUUGGAGCCAUCCUCAAAAUCCCAGCCAAGUUUGCAAGGCGGGUCCAGCAGACUUGGAGCGCACCAGAGUUCUGAAAACGAACUACCUCGUUACUCAAUGGAAAUCCUGGGAAUGUUACGUCGGUGCCUGGGGCAACAAGGCGAGGUCCGCCACUCUUUGUACAUCGGCCUGAUAGAGCUCGCAGAGAUUGCCCCAAGCUUGAAUCCCGUCAUUUUUGAGAUCCUACAAGCUCACUUUGUUCACUUUUACGAUCCAACAGGGACACGGCUGUCACCACUGAAGCUGGAAGAAUGCGUCAGCAACUCCACGAACGGUGGAGAGCCGACAUUCGUCGAGCCACUCCAUUAUUUGAUGAGCGGUGUCGUGCGCUCGCUGGUCGGUCUGCAAAAAUUAAAGAGAAGAACGUCAUUCUCGCCUGAUGAGAUUUACCCCGAUGAGCAUCAGAUAACUGAGUGCCAUCGGAACUUGGGCAGGAUCGUGCUAGGUCUUCAACGAGCUGGGCUGGAAGAUUUCGAGCUGGACAGGACAUCGGACUUCAACAUGGCCACCAACAUUGGGGCCCGCAACAAUAUGUAUGCUACGUUGCUCACAGGCUGUUAUGAAUCUGCCGUCGAGUACGUAGUUCUCAACCAGCAGUCGUACAGCGAAUCCUCUACUGGAAAGAGCGUGGCCUCUGAUCGGUACCGAUUGUCAGAUUAUAGCCUACAGACUGCAAAAAUGUCUAUAGGAUCAUCCGAAGUGAUCCUCGAGCUCUUCAGCAAGAUGCAUAAGCUGCAUGAUAUUGUAAAGGAGAAAGUUGUUAUGCCACGAAACAAAAAACUUGGCCCCCUAGGGGAGAGUUCGGUUUUGGGGCUUGAAUGCGUGACAAGGCUCAUGGAAUUCAUGUAUGCGGGGAGGAUCGAAGGGGAGAGUCCAGAUGAAGAAGUGCUGAAGCUGAGAUCCAACGACGACUUUCUUCACACAUCGUCAGAAAAAUUGAAGGACAGUGAAUACGACUACUGUCGACGGCUCUCUAGCGUGCUCGUUCGCGAGUUCCUUGUUAGCGAGAGACCUGAUGGGCCCAAGGCCAUGGCCGCCGGAGCCAAAGGCAAGGACAAGAACAAAUCCUUAUUGAUGGUCGGAAUCGAGGCACUUACAGCUGGCUUGUUAACUCUUCAACGCUUCUACGGUGUUGAGCCAUCCUCGUCUAUGAGUCCUGGGUCGCCCGAGAGCCUUUGCAGCCGUAAAGUCGUCUCAAAUUUCCUGGCUGCGACGCUGCCUCAGGCCAACGGUGCCCAGCGGCAUGACCAACAAGCUUCCGAGGUUGUUGCUUGGACGACCUCUCAAACCAUUCGAUACGAUUUUGACAGUCUUGCAGCCGCAUAUGUUCGAUACCUCCAGGAACUUGUGGUAUCAUUUGUCAAUGAGACCAUACCAUUACUGAAAGAGGCAGGUGGGUUGUUGGGUAUGAUCCGAAUCCUUUCAAGAUAUCUUUCGAGACCGAGCGGUGUCCCAGAUGGUGCAGAUGGCGCAGAAGCGAGCGCAGACAGCUCAGCCUUGUCGAGAGCGAGUUCGGCUGUGAGUGCGGAAUUUGUGGCACCUGGGAUGAGUCAUCUUGACCAGUUGAUACAUUGGCUGGUGAAAUUCUGUCGAGACCAAGCUGUGGACGAUACGGGGCUUACAAAGACGCUUCUGUCAAUGAUGUUGCAGCUCGAACAAGAAUGCGCUAACCCGCAGAUGAACGCAGAGCUCCUGGCAACUGUUAACGGUCAAAACGGGGCGGAAUUGCCUGCGGUAAAUCGUCCCAUGGUGUCGGGUUCGCUUGGCUUUGGCAGUGUAAGCGCAUCCUCGGCCAUUUCUCACUGCCCUGAAGCAGCAAUCCGCCUUAGACUCGCGGCCGACGUCCUGUUGACGUACGGCAUGAAUUACAGCGGCCCUCAGGUGUCCAGCCUCCGCGAUUUGCCCAACGGAGUCGCGCCAGGCGAAGAAGUCGACGAGGACACUAUGCGAUGGAUACGGCUAAAGCAAGAGAUUGGAGUUGAAUCUCUCCUUGCCGUUGUCACCUUGCGGACAUCAGGGGCUAUCACCGAGGUUUUGUUACAGCAAGUCGACCGGUCGCUUGAAGGGCUCGAGUGGGCUUUAGCCAAACUCCGAUAUUGCGGGUUGACACAUUCAGGCUCAGACGGUUGGAACACAAAGGAAUCAACAAACGGCGAUCGCCUACAGCAGCACGCGCCUCGGCCGCAGGCAGCAAAUCACCCUCGAUCCUCCUCACCAUUGAUAUCACUGUUAUCGCCCACGGACACAAAGACUCCAUAUCAGCCAGAUGCAGAGCGUAACACCAAUAAUGCUGCGCAGAUCCUUGCCAAGAGAUCACUUCAAGAAUUCGAGACAGAGAUUUGUUGGAGAGUCGAGAUUUGCCUAUGGGUCCUGGCCCGCAUUGCACAGGCGUGUAUCAAUCAAUCGUCCUCAGAACAUUUGAUUCGAGUACUCCAACGAUGCUACAAAGUACUGACCGCCUUGACAAAGUCAUACCUGACGCCGCUCAAUUCCAUGCCUCUCAACAUUUUUUCCGCGCCGUCUUCGCUACCCUCAUCAUCCACGGCCUCAAAAUCGUCGUCAGCUCUACGGAAAGCUACUGCGGGAAACAACGUCAUCCAGCUACCGCAUGGUUUUCUCCGUGUCACUCAGGUUGCAGGUAUGGAAUUGUCCAGACAUUUGUACUCGUUCCUGAGCUACUUCCAGAUGCUCGACGUGGAACAAAAGGCAAGGACGCAGGAGCGUGGUGGUGGUCACAGGGGUACAAAGAAAGCCGACAAGGAUAAGGAUCAGGCCAUGGAUGGGAGGGCACCAAAGUUCGCGGCAAGUCGAAGAGAUGCCAUAGGAAGUCAUGUCGGCGGAGUAGUCAAGUCGCGACAAAAGGCCAAGAUUCUGCGCGAGUCUAAGCUGAUCCCUAUGCUAAUCUUUGCAGUGGAGCAGUACGAACGUUAUGUCAUCCAACUGAGCAAGAAGGCCAAGGUCAACCUAACACAGUUCAUGAGACGGAGUACAGCACGCGACUUUAGAAUCCAAAUCCAGCGACUCGGUGAGCUUGGACUGGAGGAUCGGUAUGAUGAAGAGCGGCAGCAAAUGAUGGUGCAAAGGCAACUGGAGCAGCAACAGUUGCAGCAAUUGCAGGAGGAAGGGGCGCAGGAUGGAGACACGGAUAUGAUGUACGAUCAUGAUGAAGGUCAUGCCAUGGCUCUGCACGCUGAGAACGAAGCUGAUAAGGAAGAGGAAGAGGAGGUGUUGGUGAGAUCGCGCAAGCGUGCCAAGUACGAUGAUUAG